GACGUGGGGUUCCCGCUCAGCAGGGCCGACCACGUGACCCCACCCCCCUGGCUGCCGCCACGCCCCGCCGCUCAAUCAGCCUCCGCACAGGAAGCUGAGCCCCGGCAGCUCGCGGCUGGGUUUUGAAAGUCAUCUUUCCUCAGGCUGGUGCUCGCUCCCCCGCCGCCCAGCCUCUCGCCGUCCCCCAGCGGCAUGGCCGAGCAGGAGAGCCUGGAGUUCGGCAAGGCCGACUUUGUCCUCCUGGACCAGGUGACCAUGGAGCACUUCAUGGAGAACCUGAAGCUGAGGUUCGAGAUGGGGCGAAUUUACACCUACAUCGGUGAGGUGGUGGUCUCCAUGAACCCCUACAAGCAGACGCAGCUCUACGGGAAGGACGUGAUCGAGCAGUACCAGGGCCGGGAGCUGUACGAGCGGCCGCCGCACCUCUAUGCCGUGGCCGACGCCGCCUACAAGGCCAUGAAACGCCGAGCCAAAGACACCUGCAUCGUCAUCUCAGGGGAGAGUGGUGCUGGGAAGACGGAAGCUAGUAAAUACAUCAUGCAGUACAUUGCGGCCAUCACUAACCCCAGCCAGAGGGAAGAGGUGGAGAGGGUGAAGAACGUGCUGCUCAAGUCCAACUGCGUCCUGGAGGCCUUCGGCAAUGCCAAGACCAACCGCAAUGACAACUCCAGCCGCUUCGGCAAAUACAUGGACAUCAACUUCGACUUCAAGGGGGACCCCACCGGUGGCCAUAUCAACAACUACCUCCUGGAGAAGUCUCGCAUCCUCCACCAGCAGCCAGGCGAGAGGAACUUCCACUCCUUCUACCAGCUGCUUCUCGGGACCUCGGACGCUCAGCUGGCCUCCCUCCAUCUCUGCAGAGACCCUGCAGCCUACCGCUUCACCAGCGAGGGCGCCAGCAACAACCUGCUGGCCAGUGAUCAGUCCAACUUCAAGGCUGUGGCAGAUGCCAUGAAGGUGAUCGGCUUCAGCCCGGAGGAGAUUGACUCGGUCUACAAGAUCCUAGCUACUAUUUUACACCUGGGCAACGUGAGCUUCAUCGCCGAGGGAGAUGCCGUGGAGAUAGAGAACAGGGAGCUGGUCUCCCAGCUGGCGGAGCUGACCUCCACCCGGCCGGAGAGCCUGCUGAGAACCCUGCUGUACCGUGCAGUGGCCACGGGCGGCGGGGAGGUCAUCGAGAAGGGUCACAGCGCCAAGGAAGCCAACUAUGCCAGGGACGCCUGCGCCAAGGCCAUCUACGAGCGGCUUUUCUGCUGGAUCGUGGGGCGCAUCAACACCGUCAUCGAGGUGAAGAACUACGACGCCCGGCUCCACGGCAAGAACACCGUCAUCGCCGUGCUGGACAUCUACGGCUUCGAGAUCUUCAAAAGCAACAGCUUCGAGCAGUUUUGCAUCAAUUACUGUAACGAGAAGCUGCAGCAGCUGUUCAUCGAGCUGAUCCUGAGGCAGGAGCAGGAGGAGUAUCAGCGGGAAGGCAUUGAAUGGCAGCAUAUCGAGUACUUCAACAACCAGAUCAUCGUGGACCUGGUGGAGCAGCCGCACAAGGGCAUCAUCUCCAUCCUGGAUGAGGCCUGCCUGACCGGGGGCCAGGUCACCGACGCCAUGUUCCUGGAGUCCAUGAACACCAAGCUGGGCAAGCACCCGCACUACGCCAGCCGCAAGCUCUGCACCACCGACAAAUCCAUGGAGUUCGGCCGGGAUUUCCGCAUCAAGCACUACGCCGGGAACGUCACGUACUCGGUGGAGGGGUUUAUCGACAAGAACAAGGACACCCUCUUCCAAGAUUUCAAGCGGCUGAUGUACAACAGCACGGACCCUGUCCUAAGGGACAUGUGGCCAGAGGGCGAGGUCAGCAUCACCGAGGUGACCAAGCGCCCCCUGACGGCUGCCACCCUCUUCAAGAACUCCAUGGUGGCGCUGGUGGAGAACCUGGCCUCCAAGGAGCCGUACUACGUGCGCUGCAUCAAGCCCAACGACCAGAAGUCGCCGCUGCUCUUCGACGCCGAGCGCUGCCGCCACCAGGUGGAGUAUCUGGGCCUGCUGGAGAACGUGCGGGUCCGGCGGGCCGGCUUCGCCUACCGGCAGCCCUACGGCCGCUUCCUGCUCAGGUAUAAGAUGACCUGCGAGUACACGUGGCCCAACCACCUCAUGCCCACGGACCAGGAGGCCACACAGGCCCUCAUCAACCAGCACGGCUUCCAGGAUGACGUGGCCUAUGGCCACACCAAGCUCUUCAUCCGCAUGCCCCAGACCCUCUUCUGCCUGGAGCAGGAGCGGGCCCAGCUCAUCCCCAUCAUCGUGCUCCUGCUGCAGAAGGCGUGGCGGGGGGCCCUGGCCCGGCGGCGCUGCCGGUACCUGCGUGCCAUCUACACCAUCAUGGGUUACUACAAGCGGCUCAAGGUGAAGACAUACUUGCUGGAGCUGGUGCACCGCUUCCAGGCGGUGCGCAGCAUGGCCGACUAUGGCAAGAGCGUGGAGUGGCCCGACCCACCGGCGGUGCUGAUGCAGUUCCAGGAGAACAGCAAGCUGCUCUUCCGCAGGUGGCGAGCCAGGCAGAUCGUGAAGAACAUCCCUCCCUCGGACAUGGCGCAGAUCCAGGCCAAGGUGGCGGCCAUGGAAGUGCUGCAGGGCUUGCGCAAAGACUGGGGUUGCCAGAGGAACUGGGGCCGGGAUUACCUGUCGUCGGUGGCUGAAAACCCUGUCAUGGCCGCCCAGUUCGCCAGGAGGGUGCAGGCCCUGAAGGACAAAGUGCACUUUGCCUCGGUGCUGUUCUCCUGCCAUGUCCGCAAGAUCAACCGCUUUAACAAAAGCAGGGACCGGGCCAUUCUCGUCACGGACCAGCACCUCUACAAGCUGGAGCCCAAGAAGGAGUACAAGGUGAUGCGGACCCUGCCUCUGAGCAUGGUGACGGGGAUGAGCGUGACCAGCUGCCAAGACCAGCUGGUGGUGUUUCACACCCAGACCCACGACGACCUGGUCAUCUGCUUCCAUAAGAUGCAGCCGGAAGAGGACAACCGAGUUGGGGAGCUGGUGGGGGUGCUGGUGGACCACUUCAAAACGGAGGUGCCCCAGGAGCCUACCGGAUUUUCACCUUUCGAACUGUUAUAUGGAAGGAGGGUGAGGGGCCCCCUGGACCUAAUGAGAGACGAAUUGGAGGGGAAGGCCACUCCCGAUGGAGAGUCAGUGGUGGAGUAUGUCCUGAUCUUCCAAGAGAGACUGGCUGAACUCAUGGGGCUGGCCAGGGAGAAUCUGGCCAGAGCCCAGAGGAAGCAGGAGGUCUGGUAUGAUCGCACGGUGCGGGCCCGCACCUACACCACCGGGGAUCAGGUGAUGGUUCUCAUCCCUGUGAGAAAGAACAAACUACAGGCCGCCUGGGAGGGCCCUUUCAAGGUUGUCAAGCAGCUAAACGAGGACGAAGCGCGAGCUGCAGGUGCGCGUGUCGGACUGCAUCCAGCUGAGCCUGCGCGGGAGGAAGAGGCUGGUUGCCGUGCAGACGCGCCACGAACUGGCCUUCCCCGACUUCGGCAAGAGCCGGGACGGCUUUGUGCUUUACUGUCCCAGGAGAUGAGUCAGGGCCCCCCGGCGGGUCCUGGCUGGACGGCGGGGGGGAGGGUCUGUUUGGCUCCGAACCCAGACCCGCCUUUCCCCGCCGGGAGGAGCUGGGACGCAGGGCCCUGCUCAGCAUCGGGCCUCCCUUCCUUUGGUUUUUCGCUAGGAUUUUGUAACCUUUUAUUAAGUGAGUUCAUCGCUGUGGACAGAGCCAGCCGGAGCCUGGAGCCCGCCAGCCCCAGAGGGCAGCAGCAUCCCUGGGCCCCCCCACCCUGCCUGCUGCCUACGGGCCCCGCUCCAGACACACCACCAGGGUGACGGCCUGCAGGGCCCAUGUAGCUCAAAACUCACAGCCCAGAUAUGCAUGAACCGCAGUGAUGCUUGUACCAGACACGCAGCUUGGAAUGGGGGACACAGAGGCUCCGGGAGAAGCUUUGCAAGGAGCACCCCAGAGACAUGCCCGAGUCACUGUCCAGGCUGCAGCGGAAGGGCGCACGGGCAGCCCCAAGGUGGGGAGAGACAGUCACCCAGGCCGGCCCCCCCAGGAAAGCCCCUCUCUGCAUCACCCAGGCAGCCCUUGUCUCCCAGUUCAAGCCUGUAGCACUGCUGAGGUGGAAUUGAUCCGUAGCCGCUGCCACCAUGUAGGCCAAUCAGCACCUACAGCCGUGAUGUUUGCAGGGGGUGCUGUCUGGGGGGGAUAGGGCCGAGCCCCCCACAACUGCUAGAGGCUCUGCCCUUGCAUAGCAUGAAGCCAGCGUCCCAGGGCUCCUCUUCUCGGUGGUCCUCUGGGCUGCUGGCUCAGGGAAUGAUACCCUCACCCUCUCUCCUCCAUGGGUUCCCCUGACGCUGUGGCCCCUGGGUUCCCCGCUCACCAACUGCUCCUUCAGCAGCUUCUCUGUCCCCUCUGUUGGCAGCUGCCCCGGCUCUCUCCUCUUCCCCCUCUUUGCUGACUCCCCACCCCCAAUCUUUUGCCACCUGCCUGCUCCCGCCUCCCCGAGGUUUCCCCAGCCAGCCCCUGUGCUGAGCUCGUGGUCUUCCCACCCAACCCUCCUCUCGCGGCUGCCCCAACCGGCCCUUCUCAGAACUCCUUGCCCCCUGGCCUGCUCUCCUCCGGCUCUUCCUAAGUCCUGUCCUUCCUCUCCGAAUCCCUCCAAUCCAUCCUCCCACCUCCCUCGCAACCACUGCUCCCCGGUCACCUCCUAUCUCCACUGCCACAGGCUGCUCCUCUCCCCACAUCCUCCCCACAUCACCCCCACCCUGUCCAUCCAACAUGCAGGAGCCAAGAUCUCCCCGUCCCCCACUCCCACUCAUUCUGCUUCUUUUUACCCUCUCCUUUCACUGCUCCCACGAUCAGCCCCUUCUCCCACCCCUGGCUUCACACCUUCAGCCGCUCUCAGAGCAGCCCUCAGUCCUGCAUUCACCAAGCACCUCCUCCUUCCACUCCCUCUAUGUACAGGGGAUAGGAAGGAAUGUCCCUUCCCUGAGCAGAGGGAGGAUUCUUAUAUCCCAAUCCCCUUCCCAGCGUGCAUUGCUGCCAGGCCUACAAUUCCUAUCAGUUCGGGGAACUACACCUCCCAGAAUUCUCUUGUUCUGGGCUGAGUCCUUAAAGGGCCACCAACACAUCUCAACCUCCACCUUUCCCAUGAGGCUCCUCUGCUGAUCUCCUGACCGUGCGCCCCCCCCUCCCCCAACACACCCCUUCUCGUGUUUGAAGAUUUGCCCCAAGGGUUGUCUUUGGGUAGGAUUGUAAACUCUUCUGAGCACUGACCUUUUUUACAGCCCCAGGCAUGCUUCGGCUGCUCUAGAAAUGAUAAGGCCAGUGCAGAUAACGGGCCCCACAGGCUUCAGGAGCACUUCGCAGCAAGGAAAUGCCAACAACGCUGUACAGUUUGUGAAUAAAAGAGCUGUGUUUUCCUGGG